CCCAUACAGAACUACGAACCACCCUAUUCGGAGUGGGUCACUCGUGAUCCGUCAAUUGAAGAGAUGCGUGAAUGCGUUUGUGUGCAGAAACACCGACCCACUCUGUGUGAUAUGUGGAAAAGCGAUAAGAUGAUGAGCGAUAUCGAGAGAAUGAUGACCGAAUGUUGGGCAGAAUCACCGUCGAAUCGAUUGACAGCGAUGAAUGUACGAAUAGCAGUUGAUCGACUUGCAAAUUCAUUCGAUAUCAAAUUGCAAACUACAUCUUAG